GACACAAGACCACAGCCAACCAUAGAGCGGUCCUCCAAUAGAGCAGAACGCCUGCCGCGCUUAUCACAGAGGAUAGGGGUGUCGCACAGCGCGCCUCUAUUCCGGCGGAUGUUACCAUAGAGUCGUACUGCCUGGCGAAGGGAUCAUCUGUUUGGUGUUUGUGGUGGAGGACCGGUCUCACGAUGAUUGAGGUGGUGUGUAAUGACCGUUUGGGAAAGAAAGUCCGGGUAAAAUGCAACUCAGAAGACUCCAUCAAGGAUCUGAAGAAACUCAUUGCAGCUCAGACAGGCACACGGUGGGACAAAAUAGUGCUAAAGAAAUGGUACACGAUUUUUAAGGACCACGUGACACUCGGUGACUAUGAAAUCCACGAUGGAAUGAACCUGGAAUUAUACUACCAGUAACUCUGGCUCCUUGCUGCACUUUUUUUUCCUAUGAUGGAAUAUACCGUUUACUGCUCGGAUUGGUGAAACUUUACUUUGUCACCGUAAAGACUGUGUUCUUUAGAUUCCAAUGAUCUGAGAAUUGUUUUCCUUUUUCUUUUUUCUUUUUUUUUUUUCUCUCCCUGUUUUUAUUAAAAACGAAAAGAAAACAGCCAUAAUAAAGAUAAAACAUUGGCUAAUGUAUAAAUUGAAAGUUAAUCCUGGUUUUGGUCAGGUAUUUGUGCAUUUUGUUUAAAAUAAAAAUUAAAUACUGUAA